CUCACCCCCCAGGUCCCUUGCUUCCAAGGUUUGCCGUUUCUGCAGGCGGGCACACUAACAACGUCUUUGUUGUGCCUGGGCUUCCUUGGAUUUCCUGUUCCUGUCCCGUGUGACCGCAUCGCGCUGCACGUCCUCGACUCUUGACUGGACUGGAACUCGGUCUGGCUGGGCGGGACGACCGAUCUUCAGCGCCAGCGCCAGCGCCAGCGCCGCUCACGGCAUGUGAGUUGGGUCACGGCAGCCACAAAGGACCAGAAGGACGUGCCUCUCCCAUCCUGUGCCUCUGAUUCCCAUUUCGAACCACUCUCACUUCGCGACCAUCCGAGACACUCACACAAACACACACGGCGCAACCAUCACCAACCGACUGACUGACUGCUGCAACCGUCUCACGAACAACCUUCAUUUUUCGAGAAUAAACGCACACCGCCACCACCACCACCACCACCGCGACGACCUUCCAACAGACAUGUCUUUCGCCUACUCGCAGCCACUACCGCUCUAUUGCCCCCUCGAUCACUUGGCGCCCGCCAUCCUGCCCAAUCUGCCAUUAUCGCGACCCAUCCUGUAGCACUUCAGCCAUGGCCGAUCCUCAUCCCGAGCGGCUGGACCUGGACACCCUGGCGGUGGCUGGCAGCCAGCCUGAGACACUGCAGUGCUGCUGUGGAAAUACAGAUUGCAUAUACUUGAAGCACAACUGUUCUGUCCUUGACAGCGUCGAGAAGGAUGUCCACACAGCUGCAAAGCUGGGCCAGGCCCUUCUCGCUCGCCACGAGGCCUACAUGGCCUCUGCUGAGCGCGACCGCUUCGAGAUGCAGUCGCGCAUAGAGCAGCUCGAAACUGAGAAGAGGACGUUGGAACAAGAGAACGCGAGGACCAUCCAGGAGAAUCGCGCACUGCUCGACCAGCUCGAAUCAUUCAACAACUCUGUCAUCGACUCCGAGACACAGAUAAGGACCCUCGAGGCAACUCUGCAGAGCUCAGAACUGGCCAUCCGGAAGCUGCAGGGCGCCGAGGCACGAGCGGCUGCGAUGGAAGACCAAAUCGCCGACCUUGAAGCCGAGCAGGCGGCCCUGCGCGACACUCUGGUGACGACCGAGGGCGAGGCCAAGUCUGCUAUGCAGAGGUGGCGUAGGGCGGAAAAGGGCAUCUCGGACCUCCAGGAAAAGCUGGAGAGAAUCGAGAGGGAGGCCUAUGAGGAAAGAGAACGUCACGCCCAGGUACUGGCUCGAAUGGAAAAGCAACGGUCUAUGGAGAAGGGUCUCAACACGGCUGCUGGAAGACUCAAAGGCGCGGCGGCCGCAAAGACGAUGGGCGAUGGAGGCACGGUGGUCUCCCACUUUGUGCGGGAUCUGCUGCAGGACAAUGCGAAUUUGCAAGUGGGCAUGGCAGAACUGCGCGAGUUGCUGCUAAACUCUAACGACGAGAUACAACAUCUGCGCGAGCAGCUCAUCUUCCACCAGCCCGCGGACGGCAAGGCCAACAGUGCGGCAAGCACACUACGAGCCGAGCUGGACACGCACGAGGUAGAGCCUUCAUCACCCACUUCGCCAAGAUCACCUGAGCAGAGAUCGAGGCCAGCUGCAUCGGUAUCCCAGGAAUUGCACAUCCACCACCAUUACCAUGUCGAGAAGCCGGCCGAGCCCAAGAAACCCAAGAAGAAGCGACAGAACCUGGUUCCCAACGUUUUCAACCCAGCGAGGAACUUUGGACCUUCCUCACCGCCGAGCCCUGGUCUGCCUCACUGGCGACUGCCACACACCUCACACUCAGUCAGAGAUUCGAUAUCCACAGCUCCAUCAACGAGAUGGUCCGUUUUCUCUGAGCAGCCAUCCGAUUUCGCACCUUCUUCUGUUCCUAGCUCCCCGGUGUCGAACCGUCGAGGCUCCAUAUUUGACAGAACAGGUCACGACACGUCUUAUCCCACCUCGCCUGUCACUAGUAUAGAUCCCACAUCACCGGCAUGGACCAGACACAAAAAACAAGCAUCGGACGCAUCUAGACGCAAGUUCUCAACACCCAGGCCCUUGUUCCUCGACGGACUUCCGGAAGACCAACAGAGUACUGCCAGAAGCCAUGGAAAUGGCAACAGUUCGAACCCGAAAGAGAAUUUGCCUACUAUAAUGACCACCUCUGAAGAUGGUCCUGCCACGACGGGCGUCUCACCUGACGAGCUGAUGACAGACUCCACCGGCGAUGGUGAUGGUGCUUCGAAUAUGCCACCCACGCCCUGCUAUGAUGACUGCUAUAGGACGAAUACGCGUCCUCGCUUGCACCGUGCUGCAUCAUCCGAGUCUAUCAUGUCCCUCACUGGGGGGCUUGAUAUACACACGCUGAAAUCGCGCCCCAGUCAACUCUCGUUUCGACCGCUAGGCGCCGCAGCGGCUGACAUCGAAUUGAGCACCGUGACUGCCCGGCCCACAAUCGCCAGGGGCAGCACCGACGGCUGGAGAGGCAGCACGGCUUUCCUUAGCAAUUCGAACCUACGCACGGGCGACCGCUCCGCAUCAGCCUCACUUGCGUUGUCCUCACUUGCGAGCACACCAGAAGUUCCUCAACGGUCCGCGUCGCACGUCGGCUUUGGGAAGCUGGUAGGUUGGCGGCCCUGGGCAAGCACGAAUAGCAAAGGCCAAGAUAGCGCGACGAACACGCCAACAUCCGAAAGAAGCCGGAGCAUAUCACCGAACCCUGCAUCGGCAUCGUCACCGGCCACGUCAGUCAUUGAAGUGCCUCAAGCUUCUAGCAAUGGGGGCUCAAAGAAGCAGGCGCCCAAAGAGCCGACCUUCUCACCACGCACAUUCGGUAUCAACCAGCCCGGGGCCAUCCCGGGCUUCCAAGAGUACCUCGCUUAUCAUCAACGACGGGGUCCACAAGCCAAGGUUGUCCCCGAUGUUGUUGAUCACGAAGCACUGAGGGAAAUUCUGGAAGAAGAAGGCCUCUAAACGCCCGUCGAGGCACUCGCCCGCCCACAGCGCCUAACCCCACGGCCAACGACUGUGGGGAACGUAGGGCGAUUCCUAGCCUCUCCAGGCUUGUCAUUUUCCUUUGUCUCAUUUCCUUUUCGAGCGUGCAUAACAUGUGGGUGUAUUUCAUAUUGGGUCUCGUCAGCGAAACAGAACGAUGUGCAUUGGACUGGAGUUCUCUUAAGUUGUCAUGUUCGACAACCGCAUUAACACUCGACGAGUAAAUGUACUUAUAUACGCAAAACCACACUGCUUCAGCCCCAUCGCUGCUCUGUUCAGCGGGCUCGUGGGGCUGAGCUUGCUUGGUUAUUUGAUGUCAAUCCCACGAUUUACUCUUGCAUGAGUCGGAGAGUGUUAUCGCAGAGAGAGAGCCGACUAUUGUGGGGCUUUGGACCGCGUCUAGGUUGUGUUGGUGUUGCUACAUGUAUUCUAGAUUGUCAUCAUGAUACCCCCACUGCGGCAGCGGGAGGGAAGAGGCUCCUGUGCUGUGUCUGUAUAGAAGAACGAUAAGUGCGUGUCAAUCCCUGCCUAUAUAUAUACUUUGGAGGACCUCCUGAUACUCGAAGGAGCUUCUCUCCAACUCGUGCAUCAUAAUAUUUAAUUACAGCCAAGAGAGCAUUUGACGACAUCACUUAGACGAUAGAUAUAGCUUAAUACAGUUUAGGUCGA